AUGAGACGCCGUGAGCGUGCAAAUAUGGUGGUGGUGUCAUCUGAAGAGAAGUAUUGCUACGCUACAGCAGUAUUUGGACCCGUUAUUGACUAUCUCGCAGUGAUGUCAAGCCGAGCGUUCUACGCAGCAUUACAGUUGUGGAGAGAAAUUAUUCGGAAUGGUUUUGCACAGCCAGGGGUAUACUCGUCGGAUUCUACGACGGUUCCUGCUGAAGACUUAGGGUCAGGUGAUGAUGUCGAUGGCGGUUUAGACAGUGAUACUGUCUCUGAGAUUAAGCCGGCAGACAUGAUUGAUACAAUAGGGAUGAUCAGAGAUAUGGAACAAAGUGAGCACGUCUGA